AUGAAUGACCUUCUAACAGAGAAUACCUUACUCAUGGUUCCUAUCCUGGACGUCCUUUCUAGCCUCUGACUUGAUCCAAAGCUCCUGUCUAAGGUCCGCCAGUUGAUGAUGGGGAAGCUGUCAUCUGUCAGAUUGGACGAUUUACCUGUGAUAAUCAAGUUCAUUAUUCAUUCUGUAACAACCGCAGAUGCACUUGAGGUAAUUUCUGAGCUUCAGGAGCAGUUGGAUCUGCAGCAUUGUAUUUUGCCGUCACAGUUGCAGGCUUUCCAAAGCAGGUUGAAAAAUAAAGAACAAAGAAGUUCUUCAGGAAAUCAAGAAAACAGCGGUCAGGACUGUGUUAUUCUUCUCUUUGAUGUAAUAAAGUCAGCUGUUAGAUAUGAGAAAACCAUUUCAGAAGCCUGGAUUAAGGCAAUUGAAAACACUGCCUCAGAGUCUGAACACAAGGUUUUUGACCUGACGAUGCUUCUCAUCAUCUAUAGCAUAAACACUCAGACAAAGAAGUACAUUGAAAGGGUGCUAAGAAAUAAGAUUCGAUCAGGCUGCUUUCAAGAACAGCUGCUACAGAGUACAUUCUGUAUUCAUUAUUUGGAAGUGGUUGGUGCCCUAGUGACCCAUAUCUGCAGCGGGAAUGAAGCUGAAGUUGACACUGCCCUGGAUAUCCUCCUAGAGUUGGUAGCUCUAAACCUGUCUGCUAUGAGGCUGAAUGCUGUCUUUGUGAAGGGCAUUUUAGAUUAUCUAGAUAACAUGUCCCCUCAACAAAUACGAAAACUCUUCUAUAUUCUCAGCACACUGGCAUUUAGCAAACCACGUGAAGCCAGCAGUCACAUUCAGGAUGACAUGCACUUGGUGAUACGAAAACAGCUGUCUAGCACCAUAUUCAAGUACAAGCUUGUUGGUAUUAUUGGCGCUGUCACCAUGCCUGGCAUCAUGGCGGCAGACAGAUCUUCCAGUUUGACCCAAGGGAGAGCAAUGAACAGUGCACACAGGUGAGUUCUUGUGCCCUCCCUGCUGCAGUUGGUUCAUUCCUGCAGUAAGCAGUCUCCUGGGGCCUCUGCACUUUAUUAUGAUGAAUUUGCCAACCUGAUCCAAGAAGGAAAGCUGGCCCCAAAAGCCCUGGAAUGGGUUGAGCAGACCAUCUCUAAUGAUUUCCAAGAUGCCUUUGUGGUGGACUUAUGUGUUGUUCCAGAAGGUGACUGUCCAUUUCCCAUGAAAGCUCUCUAUGGACUAGAAGAAUAUAAUAGUCUUGAUGGGAUCGCCAUCAACCUCCUGCCACUGUUGUUCUCCCAGGACUUUGCAAGAGAUGGGGGUAGAAUGACCUCACAGGAAUCAGACCAAAAAUUGGUGUCUCCACUGUGCCUGGCUCCCUAUUUCCGGUUACUGAGACUUUGUGUGGAGAGACAACAUAAUGGAAACCUGGAGGAGUUUGAUGGUUUAUAGGAUUGGCCUGUAGUCCUCACUGACCUAGAGCCUGGAGAGAGGCUGGAGUCCAUGUCUGUUAAAGAGUAUUUGUUCGUGUAUUCACUCAUAUUUCUUACUCUCAACUGGUUCCGAGAGAGUGUAAAUGCCUUCUGCCGGCAAACGUCACCCGAGAUGAAGGGGAAGGUGCUCACCCGGUUAAAGCACAUUGUAGAGCUACAGAGAAUCCUGGAAAAGUACCUGGCAGUCACCCCAGACUAUGUUCCUACCCUUGCAAACUUUGACUUGGAAACUUUAGAUAUAACACCUCAUGCUAGUACUGCUGUUUCAGCAAAAAUCAGAAAACAGGGAAAGAUAGGAGGAAGGAACCGAAAAGCAGAUGGCAGAAAAACAUUCUCCCUUGACACACUUUCAAAGGAGGGUAGUUCGGAAGGUGACGCUACACCGUCUGAUAGAAGCCAGCUGGAAAAGGAGUUCAAAGGGAAAGAAGAAAAGACAUCAGUGUCACUACAGAACUACCGAGCUUUUUUCCGAGAGCUGGAUAUUGAAGUCUUCUCUAUUCUGCAUUGUGGGCUUGUGACCAUUAUCUUAGAUACUGAAAUGCAUACUGAAGCUACAGAAGUUGUGCAACUUAAGCCCCCUGAGCUGCUUUUCUUGCUAGAAGAUCUCUCCCAGAAGGUGGAGAAUAUGCUCAUACCUGUUGCCAGGAGAGUACCCUUCCUCAAGAGUAAAGGAAGCCGGAAUAGAUUCUCACAUCUCCAUCAGAGAUGUGCCCAAGAAAUUGCUUAUAGUAUCGUUCAACUGCUGACUCCAAUGUGUAACCAUCUGGAGAACAUUCACAACUGUUUUCAGUGCUUAGCUGCUGAGAAUCAGGGUGUAGCUGAUGGACCAGGAGUGAAAAUUCAGGAGUACCACAUUACGUCUUCCUGCUAUCAGAGGCUACUGCAGAUUUUUCAUGGGCUUUUUGCUUGGAGUGGAUUUUUUCAACCUGAAAAUUAUAAUUUACUGUGUUCAGCCCUCGAGGUCCUUACUAGCCAACUGAAGCAGAAAGAGCCUGACCAGCCCUUGGAGGAACUGCUCAGCCAGAGCUUCCAUUACUUGCAGAAUUUCCAUCACAGCAUUCCCACUUUCCAGUGUGCUCUUUAUCUCAUCAAACUUUUGAUGGUCCUUUUAGAGAAAUCUACAGCUCCUACUCAGAACAAAGGAAAAAUUGGUUCCCUGGCUAGACAAUUUCUCUGUCGGGUGUGGCCACAUGGAGAGAAAGAGAAGAGCAGCAUCCCUAAUGACCUGCUUCAUAUUUUGCUCAGCAUCUACCUGGAGCACACAGACAGUGUUCUGAAGGCCAUAGAGGAGAUUGCUGGCGUUGGUGUCCCAGGACUGAUCAACUCUCCUAAAGAUGCAUCUUCUUCCACAUUCCCUACACUGACCAGGCACACCUUUGUCAUUUUCUUUUGUGUGAUGAUGGCUGAACUCGAGAAGACAGUGAAAGGUCUUCAGGCUGGCACAGCAGCAGCCUCACAACAGAUUUAUGAAGAGAAGCUCCUCUACUGGCACAGGGCUGUUCGAGACUUCACUAUCCUCAUCAACCUGACAAAGGUGUUUGAUAGUCGUCCUGUUCUGCAUGUAUGUUUGAAGUAUGGGCGUCUCUUUGUGGAAGCAUUUCUGAAGCAGUGUAUGCCGCUCUUAGACUUCAGUUUUAGAAAACACCGGGAAGAUGUUCUGAGCUUACUGGAAACCUUCCAGUUGGACACGAGGCUGCUUCAUCACCUGUGUGGGCACUCCAAGAUUCACCAGGACACGAAACUCACCAAACAUGUGCCUUUGCUCAAAAAGACCCUGGAGCUGUUAGUUUGCAGAGUGAAAGCCAUGCUCGUCCUCAACAACUGCAGGGAGGCUUUCUGGCUGGGCAAUCUCAAAAACCGGGACUUGCAGGGCGAAGAGAUUAUGUCCCAGAAUUCCCAGGAGAGCACAGCAGAUGACAUUGGGGAUGAUACGUCAUCCCAGGUCUCCAAGAGCAAAGCAACGGAGGGUGGUGAAGAAGAUAAAGCAAGUGAUGGAGAAAAGGAGCACAAUAGUGUUGCAGGUGAUGACGACUCUGAUUAGACCCCUCCAUCUCUGCCAUCCUCUUAGCAUUUUAUGUUCAGGGUUUGAUAUCUGCUCUCUGCCUUUCUAACUGGAAGCAUCCUAUUUUGUCCUUAAAGAGGGGGCUUUAUUGAAUCAACUUAAUUGUGGAUUUUAUAGAUUGUCUAACAUCAUCAAAGACCCUGGCUCAGAAUUUGAAUGUAGCAGUACUUUCAAUUUGGGCAAACGUAGCAGUGCUAUGCUGCAGAGUGGUCAUGAUUCUGGGCUUUGGGAACUAGUUUUAAAACUCUGAUUUAUUCUAGAAUUUAGGCUUCUACCAGUUUUAUAGAUAAAUUCUGUUUUAGGUUCUGCCUCAGCUACCUCAUUCCUCUUUCUAGAUUUCCUUCAUUAUUCAAGGAUUAGAUGGAAUUGAAUUAGGGUUUCUGUGGAGAAAUAAUGGAGACCGAUGCCACCACAUCAGUUCUAACAAUCAAAAUCAUCUGUUUCCUAUUAUAAGGACUAUCUUUGCUUGAGAUGAGAUCUUUGUCAUCUUUUUGGAAGAGUGGCGAAUUUCUUGUC